AUAUAAAUUUAAAAGUACAAAACCUUAAAACUAACAUAUGUGCAGAGCACGUGAGUCAACUCACAAAAAUGCACCCACGUUAAACCCGAAUAUGCCAGAAAAAUGACCUGAGGUUUCCCCCCAGCUCACACUUUUUCCUAACCCAAAUUUCGUUGACCUGAGGUUUUUACAUGUGGUUUUUUUUUUUUUUAAUGGAUGAGUUGACGGAGAGAGUGACCGAGUCCGUUUUGAGGAAAGAGUCUUAGAGGAGGGUUUUGUGGAGGGGGGCUUGUGAGGGGAGAGAGAGAUCAGCGAUAGAUCUGAUGGUGUUGCUGUUGGUGAUGAAGAAAAGGAGAAAGAAAAAGAAGGGGAAAAAGGAGAUGUGUCAGAAUACAGAAACCGGAUGCUGGAUCUAUGCAAGUGAAAGACAAUUGGUGCGAAUGAGAUUAGCAUUCCUGAGAGCAGUACUUACCCAGGAGAUAGGGGCAUUUGACACAGAUUUAACAAGUGGGAAGAUUAUAACUGGAAUUAGCAGCCAUAUGAGUGUCAUACAAGAUGCAAUAGGGGAAAAGAUGGCACAUUUUCUGUCAAAUUUGGCUACUUUCUUUUCGGGAGUAGUGAUUGCUGCCAUAUGCAGCUGGGAAUUGGCAUUGCUAACCUUGGUGGUUGUUCCUCUGGUCCUUGUAAUUGGAGCCACUUACACCAAGAAAAUGAACUCUACUUCUGCUGCUAAGACGCUGUACUCAUCACAAGCUACAUCCAUGGUACAAGAGACCAUAUUUCAAAUCAAAACAGUAUUUGCAUUUGUUGGCGAGAAUCGUGCUGUCAAAGCUUUCUCGGAGUGCAUGGCCAGACAGUAUUUCAUAUCCAAAGGAGAGGCACUGAUAAAAGGCGUGGGAACAGGGAUGUUGCAAACCGUGACCUUCUGUUCUUGGGCUCUGAUCAUAUGGGUUGGUGCUAUUGUAGUCACUGACAAGAGGUCAACUGGAGGAGAUGUCAUAUCUGCAGUGAUGUGCAUUCUCUUUGGGGCUAUAUCACUUACACAUGCUGCACCAGAUAUGCAAAUCUUCAAUCAGGCAAAGGCUGCAGGAAAUGAGAUCUUUAAAGUUAUACACAGAAAGCCAGCUAUAAGUUAUGAUCCAACAGCAAAAACACUUGAGAAAAUUAAUGGAAACAUUUGUUUUCAUGAUGUAUGCUUUGCUUACCCAUCCCGAGAAGAUAAAUUAGUCCUUCAAGGAUUUUCACUGUCAAUUCCAGCAGGAAAAAUGCUUGGUUUAGUGGGUCAUAGUGGCUGUGGAAAGAGUACUUUAAUCUCCUUACUUACAAGAUUUUAUGAUCCCUCACAAGGAGAAAUUCUCAUUGAUAAUCAUAACAUUAAGGAUCUCGAUUUGAAGUUCCUACGGAAGAAUAUUGGAGUAGUUUCCCAGGAACCAUCACUCUUUGCAGGAAGCAUUAAGGAUAACAUCAAAGUAGGUAACAUGGAUGCAGAUGAUCAGCAAAUCCAGAAUGCAGCAGUGUUGGCCAAUGCACACACGUUCGUAUCACAACUUCCGAAUCAAUAUGCAACAGAGGUAGGCCAAAGUGGAGUCCAGCUAUCAGGAGGACAAAGGCAGAGGAUUGCAAUAGCAAGAGCCAUUCUAAAGAAUCCUCCAAUUCUUUUACUUGAUGAGGCCACGAGCGCACUAGAUUCAGAGUCAGAGAAGUUGGUUCAAGAUGCCCUUGAGAAGGCUAUGCAGGACAGAACAGUCAUCACUAUUGCACACAGACUAUCAACUAUAGAAAAUGCAGAUAUCAUUGCAAUUGUAGAUGAAGGACAGGUUAUAGAAACGGGAACACACCUCAGCUUGCUAGAUACCAGCAAACUCUAUAACAACCUAUUUAGCAUGCAGAAGUUCGGCCCAAUUCACAACUCAAGCUCCGAAGAAACUGAAGAAUCAGCUACUACAAAUCAGAAAUCCUCGUCUCCAGAUAUUGAUCAAAAUGAAAAGUUUCCAUAUCUAGACGUGGAGCAGCUUAAGGAGCCUAGAAAGCCCAGCGAAAAUGUAGACAAACCUAUUGAGCAAGUGGAACAGGAAGGGGAAAAAAAGAUGGGUGUCUUCUUCAGAAUGUGGUUUGGCUUGAAAAGGAAAGAGCUUGUACAAACGGCUAUUGGUACCUUCGCUGCAGCUUUCUCUGGCAUCUCAAAGCCUCUUUUUGGUUUCCUCAUCAUAACAGUAGGAGUUGCAUACUAUCAUCCGCACGCAAGGAAGAAAGUUGGAUGGUAUUCAAUUGUCUUCUCUCUAAUAGGAGCAAUCUCAUUGUUCUCCAACACCUUGCAGCAUUACUUCUUUGGCAUGGUUGGAGAGAAGGCCAUGACAAACCUCAGACAAGCUCUAUAUGCAGCCAUAUUGCGUAAUGAAGUAGCUUGGUUUGAGAAACCUGAAUCAAAUGUUGGUUCCCUUACGUCUAGGGUCAUCAACGAUACCUCCAUGGUCAAGACCGUAAUUUCUGAUCGUAUGUCAAUUGUUGUCCAAUGCAUCUCUUCCAUAUUAAUAGCAACAAUUGUUAGCAUGAUUGUUAACUGGAGAAUGGCUCUGGUAGCUUGGGCUGUGAUGCCUUGCCACUUCAUUGGUGGACUAAUUCAAGCCAAAUCUGCCCAAGGAUUUUCAGGUGACUACGCUGCUGCACACUAUGAAGUUGUUUCCCUUGCUUCAGAGUCCGCAGCCAACAUAAGAACCAUUGCAUCAUUUUGCCAUGAAGAGCAAAUACUCAGCAAAGCCAAAACAUCCCUUGAAGUUCCAAAGAGAAAGAACAGGAGUGAAAGUAUCAAGUACGGGAUAAUUCAAGGAGUUUCCCUCUGCUUAUGGAACAUUGCACAUGCCGUGGCUUUGUGGUACACAGCAAUUUUGAUCAAGAGAAAUCAAGCCAGCUUCAAGGAUGGCAUAAGAGCAUACCAGAUUUUCUCUUUGACAGUACCUUCAAUCACUGAAUUGUGGAUGUUAAUUCCCACCAUCAUAUCCGCUGUAGGUACAUUAACACCAGUGUUUGAAACCCUUGACCGGAAAACCGAGAUUGAACCAGAUAUGACAGAAUAUCCACCAGUUGACCAAAUCACAGGGAGAAUUGACUUUAAGAAUGUCAAGUUUAGCUAUCCAUCAAGGCCAGAAGUAACUGUUCUCAAUGACUUCAGUUUACAAAUUGAUCCUGGAUUAAAGGUUGCACUUGUUGGCCCAAGUGGAGCUGGGAAGUCCUCUAUUUUGGCUCUUUUGUUAAGAUUCUAUUGUCCCAGUGAAGGAAUGAUUCUCAUUGAUGGGAAGGAUAUAAAAGGUUACAAUCUCCGAAGGUUGAGAAAACAUAUAGGAUUUGUGCAACAAGAGCCACUUCUUUUUAGUUCCUCAAUCAGAGAAAACAUUUCCUAUGGGACUAAUGGGGCUUCUGAAGCUGAAAUUGUAGAGGUAUCCAGGGAAGCAAGCAUACACGAAUUUAUCUGCAGUUUGCCAGAUGGUUAUGAUACAAUCAUUGGGGAGAAGGGCUGCCAACUUUCAGGCGGACAAAAACAAAGAGUAGCCAUUGCUAGAGCACUAAUAAAGAAGCCAGAAAUUUUGCUCCUGGAUGAAGCAACAAGUGCCUUAGAUGCUGAAUCUGAAAAUUCUGUAGUGAGUGCGUUGGAAUCAGUACAUAAGAUGAGACAUGGUGACACCAGGUUUACACAGAUAACAGUUGCACACAGGCUGUCCACAAUAAUAAAUUCAGAUGAAAUAGUUGUAAUGGAUAAGGGUCAAAUUGUGGAGACUGGAUCCCACGUAACUCUAUCAUCAAAUUCUAAAGGGAGUUUACUCCAGAUUGCUCCAGCAUCAGAAACUAUCGGGUGACUAAUAUGUG